CAUAGUGUUCUUCAGAAUCGACUGGCGCUUCUUUUCAAUUUGGCAAUAUCUGAAUGGAUCUCUGAACGAGAUUUGACUAUUUAAAAUGCCGCUAGAAUUCGAUGCAAGGCACUUCAUUCCCGAUCAGGUGAAACAGUGCAAAAAGAAGUUGAGGGAGAAAGAUGAAAAGAUUAUAUCUCUCGAGACUGAAAAUGCAAUUCUUCAUCUCAAACUUGCACAGCUCCAGACUGAGCUUGGGAAGGAAAGGCAGCAUUCAUCUUACAUUGAGACAUCACUCAGCACUGCACAGCAGAGAGGCCAUGCAAAUUCAGAUGAACUCAGGAAUGUUCUAAAAAAAAUCAAGGAAGCCAAAGAUGAUCUGAGGUCAUUGAGGUCAACAAUGGUUACCAUGCCAACAAGAGUGACUCAGAGUGUGGAAGACUGGGCAUUGUCAGAGGCUGAGAGACUAAAACAAUCCAUGCAUGCCGAAACUACCGAUUUCAACUUGUUGCAGCGUAAGGUUUACUCUUUGCAGAGUGAAUUGGUGUCUGCACAAGAUAAGUACAUGACAGAGAAAAGUCGGAGGAGGGAGCUUCAUAAUACAGUAGUGGAGCUGCGAGGAAACAUCCGAGUUCACUGUCGAGUGAGACCGGUUCUUGAGUAUGAUUCCACGGGCAUUCAGACAUCAUCUAACAGAAAUUCUGAAAACCUAGAAGUGGUUCAUGUUGUAGAUGAUGAAACAGUCAAUGUGGAUUGUAACAGACCUGGUCAUUCACAAACUAACCGCCAGUUUGAAUUUGAAAGAGUGUAUAACCAGACUGAAUCCCAAGAUGAAGUAUUCAAUGAAGUCAAACCACUCCUCACAUCUCUUCUUGAUGGGUAUAAUGUAUGCAUCAUGGCAUACGGUCAGACAGGAAGCGGGAAAACACACACCAUGCUAGGAGGGCGCUAUACUCAAGAACUGACUCAGACAAGAACCAUUCUAGAUGAGAAUGAAGAGGAUGGUGUGGUACCGAGGGCUGCUAGGGAAUUAUUCAGGUUGCUGAGAGAAAAGCCCAAUACACAUACGGUAGAAGUGUCUGUUGUUGAAGUCUACAAUAAUGAGAUCCGUGACCUUCUGACCUUGAACCCUGCUAAAUCACGUCAUGAUAUCAUCACAGGGGAUGACGGUUCAAUGGAGGUCACUUCUUUAACUCAACGAAGUGUAACGACAGCAGUAGAGAUUGUUGAUUUAGUCCGUCAUGGUAUGAUGUAUCGUCAUGAGGAUGCUACUCAGGUUCAUGCCCAUUCCAGUCGCUCUCAUCUUGUGGUUACGUUGACUGUCACUCUCAUCCAAUCACCAACUCGCAGACCUUCAUCAAGGGCCAGAAGUCAGUCUCCAUCCCGGUCUUUAUCUAUGAGGGAUGAACAGGAGGUCAUCAGAACAAAACUACAACUGGUUGAUCUAGCUGGCAGUGAAUGUGUUGGUAUGUCCGGUGUGACUGGAUCUGCUCUACGGGAGACAUCUCACAUCAACAGGAGUCUGUCAGCUUUAGCUGAUGUCCUCGGUGCUCUGGCUGAGGGUAGAGGUCAUGUGCCUUACAGAAACUCCAGACUUACUCACCUUAUGAAAGAUUCUAUUGGUGGAGAUGCGAAGCUCCUUGUUGUGUGUUGUGUGUCUCCAACCCAACGUUUCCUGACUGAGACACUCCAGUGCCUUGGGUUUGGGUCAAGAGCUAGGCAGAUCCAGAGAGGACCAGUCAAAAAGAGACAAGCAGCAACUCUUACAGGUGCAGGGGACCAGUCUCCUGUAGUAGGAGCCAGAGGAAGACAAGGAAAACGACAUAGUAUACCAGCCCCAGAGACAUCAUCCAUACCGGUUCCCAAGUUCAGAAGCUCACCUAUGAUGCAAAGAAGAAGCAGCAGUCUGGACACUGGUUCAUCUCACCUUAGAAUUGGAAGGUCAUCUUCACCAGCUAAACCAAGAUAGAUCUACCAGUAGUCUGGACACUGUUUCA